AUGGGAGGAACCUCAAGCAAAGCGGAACCUGAAGAGGGAAAGAGCGAUGAACUCAAGUCACCACAAGAAAAAUCAGACGGCACUCCGGCACGUCCGCAACCAGUUGGUGUCGGCUCCGACUCGUCACCCGUUUCUGGACCUGUUGAAAUAUCUCUUCGCAGUCCAGAUGCAGAUCUAGAAAAGACGCAAGAGCUGCCCGAUAUGGUUGUUCAGGCGAUCGAAACGCACUUGUCGGAGAGAACUCAAGAAGCCCCUACUCCUACAAAAUCGCCAAAGAAACCAAAAAUGAAAAUCCGUGAAGUCCCCAUAGUACAACAAACAGAACCUUCGGAUAAUGGCGACGUGAUAAUUGCUCCACCAGUAAAGAAACCACCAAGAAUAGCAAGUAGAAUACCGACAAUCCCUCGUGUUCAAAAAGAAUCUGAAGAGAAAAAAGCACCCAGUAAAGAAAUGGUGCCACCAAAAAAAGCAGCGAAAGAAUCAGAAGUAAAAGCGAAAGAAAAGAAAGAAUCUGCUGGGAAGAUGGCUGCACCCCCACCACCUGCAAAACCUUCUGUCGAUUCCAAAGCUAAAAAAGGGUCCGCUGAGAAAGUGCCUCCACCGGAAAAAGAAAAGAAAGGGUUAAUAGAAAAGGUUGUACCACCAUCGAAAGAGAAGAGAGCAUCCACCGAAAAGAUGGUCCCACCGGCGAAAGAAAAGAAAGAGACGGUGGAAAAGGCUGUACCACCGUCAAAGGAGAAAAAAGGAUCUGCCGAAAAGAUAGUCCCAUUGGCGAAAGAAAAGAAAGGUUCCGCAGAAAAGGUUGUACCAACAUCAAAGGAUAAAAAAGGAUCUAACGAAAAGAUAGUCCCAUUAUCGAAUGAAAAGAAAGGGGGGUCAGCAGAGAAGAUCUCUGCACUCACCAAGUCAUCAUCUUCUACGGACAAAGUUCCAACAAAUCCCGUGGCAGGGAAGACGAGUUCCUCUGAUAGUGUGCAGCAGGAUAAGAAGAAGGAAAAAUCAGCGAUAAAAGCAGUAGCAGCACCUAAGCAGAAAUCACAAAUGAAACCACCGGUGGUCAAAUCCAAAGAGAGAAUUGCGACGAAAAGUCCAAAUAAAAAAUCUGUCGAAAAGAAGCAAGCUCCUUCACCGCGUGGAAGAAAUUCGAAAUCAAAACCGGGCAACAAGAAGAACAACAAAUGA